GUCUAAGUCUGUUGAGUCUAGAUUUUUAAGGUUAGGUUGCACCAAUGCAUGCACAAUUAAUGGCAGUUGGAACUGAAUGAGAACGUGCGACCAAAGCAUGCGUGAUCAUGCAAACAAAGUUUUACAUCCUUUGAGCACUAGAGAAACCCAAACCGGCCUUCCAACUUUAGAAAUCUCACGCCAUUUGCUUCUCCCCCCGCAAAUCACACCAUUUUCAUCUCCUCUCCCACUCCAUCCCCCACAUCAUUCUUGUUUUCCUUCAAGCAUAACCCAACUCUUCCAAUUUACAUAUAUAUAUAUAUAUAUAUAUAUAUGUAUAUAUACAUAUAUAUCAAUGCAAACAAAACUCGCUAAUUAUCUCCAUCACAAUAUCAAUUCAAACAAUGAAUCCAUUCCUAAUCAUCUUCUCCAUCACUUUUCUUCUCUUUAGCAACAUCCAUUAUUGUUCUUCGGAGACCAGCAGUGAGAAGCUGGACAUCGUCUCAGAUACUUGCAAGAGAUGUGCUGAUGGAGAUCCAAAUGUGAGCUUCAAUCUCUGCAACAACUCUCUAAGUUCAGUUCCAAAAAGCCAUAAAUCAGACCUCAGAGGACUUGCACUCAUUUCUCUAAAACUCUCCAUCAAAAAUGCCACACAUGUUAAGUCACAAGUUAAGAAGCUCUUGAAGGCCACACCAGCAAAUGAUACGUACAUGAGGUCAUGCUUGGAGAGUUGUGAGGAGUUGUAUUCUGAUGCCAUCUCUGCACUUAGAGACAGUGUUAAAGCAAUCAAAGCCAAGAGGUUUGAUGAUGCUAUAACUUAUCUUAGUAGUGUUGUUGAUGAUCCACAGACUUGUGAAGAUGGUUUCAGUGAAGGUGGCAUUGUUUCUCCACUUGAGAAAGAGGAUGAUAACUUCUUUGGCCUCUCCGCCAUUUCUUUAUCUAUUUCAAGCAUGCUUGCUAAAAAAAUACUGUUUUAAGUGAUCUUUUGUACAUGUUUGUUCUUAUUAUUUAUAGAUAAUUUUGAUUCUUUAUGAUCAAUAUAUAUAUAUAUAUAUAUGAAUUGAAGUUUGUAAUAUUGAAAUUUGAGU